CUUUGCAUUCACGUGAGGAUUGAGGCAAGACACUGUAGUGCAGGAAUCGACAAAAGAGGCAGGAAUUCUUGCUGCAGAUGACUAUAUGGAGCAGGGAAAUAUGGACUGCAAGACAUGUGGCAUCUGCAAUGAAGUCUUCAACGAGGACGAUCGCUGCCCGAGGAUUUUGCCCUGUACACACUGCCUGUGUUCGAUAUGUCUUUCUGAACUCAUCGACAGAAAUUCCAAGUCUUGUCCAUUCUGUCGCGUCGAGUUUACCGCAAGCUCAUCUAAGCACGUUGGUAUAAACAUUCACCUGCUAGAAGUCUUGAGAUAUGUUUCUGACCUAGAGACUACCAACACAUCCCUGCUUGAAAAGACACCUAUGUUUUGUGAAAUGAGUCCUGACCUUCUUAAAAAGGUAAACAAGAAAUUGACUAAGGAACUUCUCUUGAGUUGUCAGAGUAUGACAGAUCAAAUUUCUAAUGUCAUCCAGCAUGUUUCAAAAUUUAAAAGUGAUUUAUCAGAAGUGAAUGAAGACUAUAAACAUAGUGCACAAGCAGAAAUGCACGAAACAACAUCAAAAAAUGAGCUAGAAAUAAAAUAUCUCAUCGACGAAAAUGAAAGAUUAGAAACGGAACUGGCCUCCAUAGUAGAACAAAAAAAGCAAAUACAAGAAUUAGAUUCGAUGAUAGAGGAGGCUGUGGAUUAUGCAACAAUUGGACUCCUUGCUGAUAAAGUGAAUGGACUGAAAAACACCAUCAAAAAUUCUCAGGAGAGAAUUCAAGGCUUGUUGUCAGAGUGGGAUGGAAAACACUCAGAUAUUGAUGAAGCUAUAACGGCUACGAUCAAGAAACAUCUCUUCUUACAAGCUCGAGGUGGUUACGAACCUACCAAGAGUGAGCAGAGCACUGCAAUGCACAAACGAUCCAAUUCUUCUACAGCUGCGGAUGCUGAAGUCCUAGGAAGCUCAUACCCCAGCAGCAUUCCUGGUCACCAGAUGCCAGGUUUGAGUAGCCUGGGGGAAGGUGUCCUGAUGAUAACAGUAAGGCCAAAAUUGCAUGGUACCAUAAGCAGAGAAAUCUAACAAACUCCCAGGUUCCUAGUUCAUGCAGUCCCUUCUUGUGUUACUGAGUUGUUGAUUCACAAGUACGUCUCCAACUGACAGAGUAACUCAUUCCAGUCUUCUUACAACUCCUAACAGGCUGAUACUUUGAGGCAAAAAUUCAGCGUAGGAGUCAAGAGGAUGCUGCAGGAGGGAAAGGUUUACGUCACUCUGAGAGACCCUACUGGAAACAAGCACGCUAGACUAUCGGCCACGGACAACCAUGUGUUGUGUCUCCAUCGCUGGACUCAGGAAUUUCCAACCGGUGCAAAAGUGCUUCUGGAUCAUGCUGAGGUCAUGGCACACUUUGACGAUGCAUCACAGCUUACAUUUUUGGAAUUGGGUGCUGGAGACUCGGUCAUCGGAAAAUUAUGCAUUCGUCUCGAUUUAAAUUCGCCUGCUGCUGAGAAUUUCAGAGCCUUGUGCACCGGUGAACUGGGUCCCUCUUACGUAAACACGAAAGUCUCGGACGCCGGCACGGACUUUUUGGGAAAUAAACGAGUUUAUUUCGGCGUUGAGAGACUAAGAAGUUAUAAGGUGUUUGGAGAGUUCAGCUUGAGAUAUGAUACGACAUUUAAAGAGGUCGUCCUGCUAAGUCUGAAGUAUGAUGGAAUUUUCCUUUUAUCAUUUAUAGCAUUUAUUGUUGUCUAUGUAAUAUGUCAUAACCUGAAAGUAACAAGUAUUAUGUGGUUUGCACUCGGGAUAUUAUUCUGGGUUUUGGUUACAAAGUAUUUUACGCCUUGGAAAAUACUUGGUACAGGAUCAGUAACAGUAAACUACCUGGAUUGUCCUGAGGCUACAAAGUUUCGCAUCAGCACAGAGAGCAAAAGGAACGUGCCGUCUCUUGAAUUCAUUGGCACCGUUGACUCCGGUCUCUGCAAUUUGCGUGAUGCCAUUUCUCUACAUUCCAAUAAUGACCUGAAGAUAGUAGACUGCGGAACUAUUUUGCAACCUCGAACAUAAACGACAUUUAAGGAUUCUAGAUGUUGUUACUGUUGUGUUGAGAAUGAUCUGAUCACCAGUACUGAGAGCGUAAACAAAUUAUAGAUGCUGGUUAAACAAAUGACUGAAAAGAAACUUGAAGCCACAUAACCUACCAUCAUACUUUUUAAAUGGUGUCUGGCAUCACAUAGGUAGUUCCCACCAAAAUUCUGUACCGAGCAACAAGUCUUGGUGGCUAAAUUGAAGCAACUUAUGUCCAUGCUGGUUUUAACUACCCACUGUUCCUCAACAAACAUGCAGGAAUUCAACUUUGUCACUAAUGUUGAAAAAUCCACUUGCGCCUGACAAUGCCUGCACUGCUAGUUUCCAGGAACUGUGUAAUUUGAUCAACAACCUUAUUAUAUUUGUUACAUGUAAACCUUCCUUUUCAAUUAGCAAUAGUAACUUUCCUGUUAAAAAAAAAACUUAACAGCUGAUAAGGAAAUGAAUAUGCAAAUUACCAUAUGGAAAAUAAAACACAUGAUAUGAAUCGUGGCAGGCUUUGUCUUACUGAUUAACCCAUAUUCAAAAGAACUGAUAUAUAAUGAGAGAAAUUUUCAAUAUAUAUGCAGGGCGACAUUACAAACAAACAUACAUGAUGCUCUUAAUGUCCCAUUUAAUAAAACAUCGGCGUACUUUAAUUUCUUGCCUAUUUUUAUAAUUGCAUCUAAUUCAGGGCUACCUACACGUAAUGCCUUCAAGACCACGGAUACAAACAAGACCAUGGAUACAAAAACUGAUUUCUUGAUUUCACAGAUGUGGCCAGAAUAAAGAUAUACACUGGCAGAACAUUGGCAGGUUUUCUGAAUACACAACAUAUAAAUUCAUUAUUACCCUUAUUACCAUUAUUACCAUUUUCCUUAUCCACAAUAAAAUUUACCGUGUGACACUAAUAAAUUUCACAAUCAAAUCAGGCCUCGUCAAGCUGUCUUACUUAAAUAAGGCAAAGUGGGUCAAGUUUUAUUCCCCGUGAUUUAUUUUCCCUGUUUAUCUCCACAACGCACAUUCCUAUGAUUGUAAGAGCGAAGGGCUAUGUAGUUUGAUACCAGUAAGAGUCAUUUUCCCCCUCCGAUGGUCAGUCACAUGAAGUUGAAACUGAGGAACUGCAGAUACAAAUUUUCAAAGGUUAAACCAGUGGGAUGUACAUUCGAUGUACAUUAUUCAAGAGUUGUAAAAUUUAUGAGAUAUACCUUUCAUGCACAUUAUUCAAUAGGUGUAAAACUUAUGUGAUGUACCUAUGACGUACGUUAUUCAAGCGUUGUAAAAUACCUGGGAAGUACAUUUGUUAUGUAUGUUAUUAAAGAUUUGUAAGCUUAUGAGGUGUACAUAUGAUUACAUUAUUCAACAGGUUUAAAAUUUUUGGGAUAUAUAGUUGAUGCAUGCUAUUCCAGUGGUGUAAAACUCCAGGGAUGUACAAUUGAUGUACUUUAUUGAUGAGGGGUGAAAUUUAUGAGAUGUACAAGAUCUGAAUAUCUGAAUUAAUUUUUCUAACAACCAACACUACAGAACUCUUGUGGCUGAGUUAUUCAUUGGCCGUGGUAGAAGAAGAAACUCACUCUAGACAUUAUUACAGUCUGGCUGUAGUGGUCCUGCCUGGCACGUUACCAAUUAAGUAUCAGGCAUUGCGUUAUCAGAGAUUUCUGAUAAUUUUAAUAUAUGUCUAAUGUUGACGGAGACCUUGAGGCCUCCU